CUGCCUGUUGGGCAGUUUACGACUGGCGAAGCCUUUUUUUAGGCCCAAGCCCCUUUGUGUUAAGGGCCGCUUGGUCUUUGAUCAGUCAGCGGAUUGGGAUCAAGCCUGCUUUCCAGAUUAUACCCAGGCCGAUGGAUCACCAUAUGGGCCAACCCAAUUAG